AUGGGCAUAACUCCGCAGCAGCUGCUUUUGUUUCCCACUGCUGCUUCGUGUUUUGCUGCUGCUGCUGCUGCUGGUGAUGCUAUGAGCGAGCCAUCGCAGCAGCAGCAGCAGUAUCUGCUGCAGCAGCAGCUGCUGCAGCUCCACCUGCAGCAGCAGGCGCAGCAGCAAAGGCUGCUGCAGCAGGAGCAGCAGCAGCACAAGAAACCUAAACUAGAUACAGCAGCAACAGCAGCAGCGGCAACAGCAGCAGCAGCAGGAAGCUUUGGGAAGUCUCCCGAUGUGGCAGUCAAUGUACUGCGCCCUGUUCAGCAGCAGCAGCAGCAGCAGCAGCAGCAAGUCCACCCCCAGCAGCCUGGCGCUGUUCUCUUCUUAUGGCGAUGCGCCCCCGGAGAAGCCGCGGGAGGAUUUGCUGGCCAGCAGCAGCAGCAGCACCAGCAGCAGCAGCAGCAGCAGCCCGCCCAGGACGAAUCCGCUGCAGACGACACCAGCAACGAAGCCCAGCAGCAGCAGCAGCAGCAGCAGCAGCAGCAGAUUGGACUCGGGGAAGCUGUUUUGCGCAGUGCAGCAUUAGCAGCAGAAUUUCAAAAGCUGAGAGUGGAUAGGCAGCUGCUUAAGGAUGACCCUGAACUCGAAGCCCUAGCAGACAGGCUGUACGGCGAGCGGAUUAGGGUUUUGGGAAGCCUAGUGUCGCUGCGGCCCUCGACAAUUGCUGCUGGACUGCAGGAGGGUUCGGGGCCGUCUUUGGGUUUGUUUCUGCGGCUAGGGUUUGAGGAAGCAGCAGCAGCAGCAGCGCCGCGCGCUGCUGCUGCUGCGCUGCAGCAGCUGCUGCAGCGCGUGCUGCCCUUCCACAUCAAACAGAAGCAAAAAGGAAAAGGUUAUAACCUCACAAUUCAGCAGGCCCUUUGCAUAGCGCAGACAGACCCCGAGCCGGAGGCCCGGGAGCAGGCCCUCGCUGCAGUCGACUCGUAA